GUAAACUGAAAACGAAACGAGUUGAAACGGGGCGCCCCUAGCCAGUUGGAAUAUUUAGUCUCGCCUUCUUCCUAAGAGCAGAAUUUAGCUGCUAUUUGCCUGACAAGGAGACAUUUUCAGAAUUUGCGACUAAGGUUUGUACCCAGCAUUUAGUCAUUUGACUUCACCGACGAGCGACAACUGAAUAACAUAGCAAGCUCAAAGGAAACAAAAUCGAAGAAAAGGUUAAUUUUCUUUACGACUGGAUUUUCUAAAUAUUAAUAACCGUUCCUAUAUUCUUUGCACACAGUUUAACAGAUGGUCAUUGAAGCUAUGGACCAUAGCCACGGGGCCUACCUCAAAACUUUCAUGUUAGCCUUCGAUACCAUAAAGAACCUCGUCGCCAAGUAUUUAUCUGUCCGACGUUGCCAACACUUGAGUUCAUAAAGACACUGCUAUAACCUGAGUACGAGUGGAAAAAAUCAGUGUGAUACACGAAAUUCGUCUUCAGAAAUGGGUCAGUAGUUUUAACUUCAGCCAUUACGCAUUUGCGAGCUCAAAGUUAUGAAUAAACUGUUAUUUCCGCGUAAAUAAAUUUCCUAGAAAGGGUUACUGUUUGGAUACGACAUAUUUAUGUUUGUCUCUAUGUAUGGCGAUGCUACGAAAACGCUGCUACAUAUCGCCUUAGCACCGGUGCGAAUUCGUCUCGCCCUGUUAUAUAUGCCACAUUUUGAUAACAUGCAGAGGAGAUAUUUUUUUACCUUUAAAUUGAUUAGCUUGUGUGAAGACUAUAUGCAAGGUAUCUAUAAUUCUAUUCAUUGCAGUGUGUUGUUUCUUUAAGUACUUACGAACAUUAAGACAACUCUUUCAGCAAUAUUGCUCGAAAUUAUAGUGAAUUUAUGAUUUUCAACCAAAGAAAUAAUACCAUAGGCGUCCUUGUCAUGAGAGUUAGUUUGGUAAAUAUCAUAUAUUUGCCUGUUUUGAUCAAGACAAAUUUAUUUACCUAACUGCGAUGUCCUGAAGAUGAAGACUUUAAGGACAUCCAACUCUCAUUUAGUAACUUAAAGAUGAUCUAAAAACCGUAAUUUAUAUCGUGGUAGUUCGAUAAGUAGUUCGCCUUUGAAGCCCCUAAGUCAUGAAAACGUAUGAAAACAUGGCGGCUUCGGAAGUUAACGUUUCAAGCUAUCUAAGGGUCAGUUGAAGAAAGCAAGAGCCGUUUUAUAGAAUGGUAAAUAUCUUUCAUAGACGGCUUUGACUCUGAAAUUAUCUCGUCCUCGAAUCUAGUUAUGGUUAGUUAGACUAGCGAAGGAUGAUCAUUUGGAUCAUGGUUUUCUUCGGGUAGUUUCGAUUUGACUCGUUGAAACAGGAACUGUUUAUGAAACGGGAAAGUCCCUUGAGUGCGGAAUCGCAUUGAUUACCAUAUCACGUGCGGAUCAUCAAUGCUCCAGACCAUUUAUGACUCAAGAAUCGACGUUUUCAAGAGUGACAAGAACGUGAUAAUGCUCAACAUAGAUCAAGUCGAUAUUUGCCUCCUUCAAUUCUUUUCUUGUGGGCACUGUUCAAAACGUUUUGAAAGUUCUAUAUUUGGUCACAUUUCUUAAAACCCAAAUACGUCAUUUGAAUUGACAUCAUUAGUUAGGAGAAAGCUGUUAGGGAUAAUUGAUUCUUACAGUUCUCAAACUUCACGCGAAAACCAAUAACUACUGAAAGCAGGAAAGACUAAAGUGAAAACAAAAAGUAAAUUUCAUACCAGAUGGGCUCCUUCAGGGGCCGUUCUGUACUCCUAUUACGUGACAAGCCUCCUCUUGUGUUGCGUGACAAGCCGAAACGAUAACAUAAAUAUUGAAUUUUAAGUAAGUUGUCAUGUGUUACCCAAACCGAAAUUCUAACUACACCUUUCAGUGGUAUCUUUUCUUCUUGCCCACGAGAAAUUCCCGCCCAAGGUAACAUAUUUGAUAGAUUGAGAUGUUGCAAUAUUUCAUGUCUCGCUCAUUUGAUCGUAUUAACGUGAUAAAAUUGCGCACUAUUAGUAUUCAGGCUAUUUUUAUUAUAUCAUGUUUAAGACUCUAACAUAAGCUAAUUGUAAUACCAUCAGAUUUCUCCAUGAACAAUAACACGCUCGACCCGAAUGUUGGGAUGACUGAGAGUAUUAUUCAUGAGCACCAGCUGCCCAAGUUGAUUGGACCGGAAAAGUGGAGAGACUUGGCACGAAUGCUAGACUUCUGCCAAAAUGAAAUUGACAUUAUCAGUGAAAAAAACAAUUGCCCCAAGGAAUGUUGUAUCGCUGUCCUCGUAAAAUGGAUCCAUCGAGGGGGACAGGACGCUACUGUUGGAAAGCUUGUAGAUGCCCUGACUAAGAUAGAACUUAAGAGCGUGGCUGACAUAUUACUGGGUGAGUAAAAUAGUUACGAUCAUUUGCUUAUUGUUCAGUAUUUUCAGGAGAAGAAGAACCAAAUUUCGUCUUAGUUCCAUCUAUUUAUCUAUUUUCGUCAAAAUGGCAUAGCGCAGUUGACAAAGUAGCUGGCAUAACUAUGUUUCCCUAAUGAUAUUUACUGCCCAGGGUAUUACUAGAAAUUUGAAGCCAGGUCAAAUAUUUAAAGACUUCCUGGAAAAACUCUUUAGAAUCCCUGACGUGACUGUGCGUGUUUUUCAGGAGAGAAUUUCUUUGAAUUUAACCUAAGAAAUCCGGCUCUUUUCCAGUGCAUACAUUUGCAUGAAAUGGGGGCAGACUGUAGGAAGUGUUAUAUUUACACUCGACCUCUGAAAUGUUACAAAUAGCUUCCGUCCUCUCUGGUGAUGUUUUUAAACAAGUGUGCAGCGAAAUGCGCGGAAAGAUGGGACUUCUUAAGAUUAAAACAAUAGUACUCACUUCCGAACACCAGAGAGGGUUUUUCGAUCGUUUUUCUUCCCAAUACUCUUUAUUGCUUAACAUGUACAAAAACCAUAAUACACAUUUUAAAAUGGUUUGUUUAAGGUCCGAUCAAUGGUAAAAAAACCAUCUCUAUUGAAGUUAGAGGGACUAUUGAGGUAGACAAUACAAACCAGGUUAGUUCGUUAUUCUAUAGCAAUUAACAUUGGUUGCUGAACUGUUCUGUCACAUGUAAACUUCGUAAUGGGCCACCCUCACCACAGAGUCUCUGUGGCUUAGUGGUAGAGCAUCACAGCGCGGAAUCCAAAGGUCUUUCCUUUCAGUCUUGCAUUUAUUUGUGUAAUGUCCCAGCAAUUUUUUAAGAGAGUUACGUGUAUUUCAUUUUUAUAAAGUUCACAUUUUCAGCAAUAUUUUCUUGAUGUGAAUUACCAGUAGAGAUUUUAAAUACAUAUCUGAUGUGAAUGCAUAGGACUUUUAAUUGUCCUUUCAGGAAAUCAAAGACUAUAUGAAUACUACCGACCAGUUUGCAGGAAAUACACCCAAGCAAACAGAACAAGUCGUGGUUGAAGAUCUUACCUGCAAAGUUAACCAAAUUUCCGAGGACAUAGAAAAUCUUCAAAAAACACUUUCAGACAUAAAAUCCAGUUUGGACAUGCCUGAAUUAAAAGGUGAAACCUUCACAAUGCAAGGAAAAUUGGAGUUCAUCGGCAAACAGAGCAGAACAUUGGAGGAAGUGUACUCUAAAGUAACAAGAAUGACAGGCCAAGCUUGUGCAUGUGACAAGUUCGUGAGGAGACAGUUCUAUGAUUUUACCUUUUGCAAUUUAAAAGCCGUACAUGAUGAUCUGAACGCUCGUGUCGCCGACCUGAAGUCAGCAGACACAAACCUCACAAAGGAAGAAAAUGAGAAGCUUCAAAUUCUUCUGGCAGACCAAAGAGGAAGAGAAAAACAGGUUGAGCAGUUGGAAGCAACGAGGGCGCAGCUAUUCUUCUGCGUAUGUAAAAUUACCUGCAUGCUUGAUGUUGUUUUUGUAAGUCUUUUUGUAUGCUUUUGGCUAAAAGCCAUUCUUUCUCCAUACCAUGUUAAAUUUUUUUGGUGUGGUUACGGUCAGAAAUAUCCAAGUUAUUUCAAGCGCACAUGUAGAAUCUUGCUGGCUUGUGUUAUGAGAGAAGCGCAAAACGUCUUUGUCAGCUAUCCAACGCUGUGAAAUGUGAAGUAACUUCAGACCACUCCAAUGACCCUACUAAAAGAGGAAAAACUGAGACAAACAGUCACUAGUGAGAUGUGGAUGCGAGAAUAAAGAGCAUGGAGGAAAGUUUUACUUACACUUGGGUAAUAAUCCACCAUUAAUAGAGCUAAACUGCUCUUAUUUUUGUUUUUAUUACAGGCUGAGGAAGAACAGAGGAUAUCUAAAUACUCAUCACCAGAGAGACGAAAGUCAGCGCCAUCUAUUCCAGUGCAGGUAAAUUUAGACGAAUAUGAAAGUUCUAAAUGUUUUUUAGCAAAGGUGUAUAUCUAUGCACAUUGUGUUCUUCUCUAGGACUUAUUUUUAUACCUUAAUGACGCCUUUUCUUUCGAAGGAAAUUGUGAGUUUAUCAGGGUGUGAAGUAAACUAUUGAGAAAGAGAUUGAUGGGAGGGCUUAAGGGAACCACGACAACAGGACAGGUUUAUAGAAAAAGACCCUUUUAAAUUUAAGUUUUCGAUGAAUUGCCUUGAGGUAAACGUCUUUAAAUGAUUUCGAAAUUUUGUCUUUUGGGUACCAUCAGAAGAUACAGACGGGGUGUUGCCAAGGAAAUCUACCAGGGUUUGGUCAAGCUUUUAAUCUCACAAUACUCACUUUUUACAAACAAACCGUUACCGUAUAGAGAAUUUUCCCCCCGUGUUCUCAUGAUUCAAAAAGGUUUUUUAUUGAUGCCUCCAACGGACGCCUUGUACUUUUCCUAGUCUUCCAUUUAUUUGUGUAAUCUCCCGGCAAUUUUUUUAAGAGAGUUACGUGUAUUUCAUUCUUAUAAAGUUUACAUUUAAAGCAAUAUUUUCCUGAUGUGAAUUACCCGUAGAGAUUUUAAAUACAUAUCUGAUGUAAAUGCAUAUGACUUUUAACUGUCCUUUCAGGAAAUCAAAUACCAUAUAAAUACUACCGACCAGUUUGCAGGAAAUACACACAAGCAAACAGAACAAGUCGUGGUUGAAGAUCUUACCUGUACAGUUAACCAAAUUUCCGAGAACAUAGAAAAACUUCAAAAAACGCUUGCAGACAUAAAAUCCAGUUUAGAAGUGCCUGAAUUAAAAGGAGAAACCUUCACAAUGAAAAGAAAGUCGGAGUUCAUCGGCAAACACAACAGAACAUUGGAGGAAGUGUUCACUAAAGUAACAAGAAUGACGGACCAAGCUUGUGCAUUUAAAGAGUUCUUCAGGAGACAGUUCUAUGAUUUUACCUUUUACAACUUAAACGCUGCACAUAGCGAUCUUAACGCUCGCGUUGCCGACCUGAAGUCAGUGGACUCGAACUUCACAAAGGAAGAAAAUGAGAAGCUUCAAAUUCUGCUGGCAGACCAAAGAGGAAGAGAAAAACAGGUUGAACAGUUGGAAACAACGCGGACGCAGCUAUUCUCCACUGUAUGUAAAUUUACCUGUAUGCGUGCUGUUGUUUUUGUAUUUUUUUGUAUGCUUUUGGCUAAAAGCCAUUCUUUUGCCAUGUCAUGUUAAAUUUAGUCUGGUAACGGUCAGAAAAACCGAAAACUUCUGGCUUGUGUUAUGGAAAAAGCGGAAAUUCUCAUGGCCAGAUAUUCAACGGUGAAAUUUGAAGUAUUUCGAACCAUUGCAAUAAACCUACAAAAAGAAGAAAAACUGGUACAGACGGUCAGGAGUGAGAUGUAGUUGCGAGAAUUAAGAGUAUUGAAGAGAUCUUUUCUCACUCUUGGGUAUUAUUCCACCACUUAUAAGAACUAAAUUACUCUUAUUUUUGUUUUGAUUGCAGGCUGAGGAAGAACAGAGGAUAUCUCAAUAUUCAACAUCAGAGAGGCGAAAGUCAGCGCCAUCUAUUCCAGUGCGGGUAAAUUUUAAGAGAAUAUGAAAGUUCUAAAUGUUGUUUAGCAAAGGUUUAUAUCUAUGCACAUUGUGCUCUUCUCUAGAACUUAUUUUUACAUCUUGAUGGCCGCUUUUCUUUUGAAGGAAAUUGUAGGAUGUGAAGUAAACUGUUGAGAAACGGGUUUGAUGGGAGGGCUGGACAGGUUUAAAGAAAAAGAACCCUUGAGAUUCAAGUUUUCAAUGAAUUACCUUGAGGUAGACGUCUUUAGAUGAUUUUGAAUUUUUUUUCUUUUAGUUACCAUCAGCAAAUAUAGAUGGGGUGUCGCCGAGGAAAUCCACCAAGGUUUGGUCAAGCUUUUAAUCUCACAAUACUAACUUUUAACAAACAAACCGUUACCGUAGAGAGUUCUUUUUCCUUGUGUUCUCAUGAUUCAAAUAUUUUUUUAAGGGACGCCUCCAAUGGUCGCCUUACACUUUUCCUAGUCAGGUUAAGCCCAGCAGCGCUUAUCCCUUUUCACCUUAACAUCAGCAUGCCCAUUCUCCAUACUGUUUUCUAUACAAUUCCUACGGUGCUGACAAGGAGAAUUUGUUUAUCAAUCUAGAGAAUAUUUAGUUGGUGAUCAUUUCCUUUAUUGUCAUGACCUUGCUGUGUGAUGCAGGGGUCAUACUGCUGGGAGAACUUAGAUGCUAGUCACUCUCAGGGUUAAAGGGUGAAACAUCAGCCUCCUGCAUAAGCCAUACGGCAUAUGGCUCCUGAUAAGUCUUUUUUGACUGACCUAGUUAACAAAAUUAGAGUACCGGUGAGACUCAUGAUCAACUAGUCCUGUCAUGGGUUAUAAUUGUCAUCUUCCUGUUCCAGGUCAAACGAAAUAAAACAUGGAGUCUUUUUAGAAGCUGGAGGAAGAGCAGUGAAAUACCUGCAGUGAAGGGCAGUGAAAAUAUGUGCAAUCUUGUUUCCUAUUCCCAAAAGGCUCCGGAGGAUUCUUGACUCUAAAGGAAGGUCUUAAGUAAAAAGUUGAAGGUCACAUGUUGCAAUGUAUUAUUCUAUUGACACCAGGUACACCUGUUAUGCCCAACGAAAAACAUGUUUCAUGUCUAGAAGAGUCUCUCUAGGACUUGAUUUCCUUACGUAGUUAAAGGAAAAAAAGAGGGACUCAGUUAUGCAAAACGGAGCAUCUACCAUCUUUACCAAAUGGGCUAUUUCUGUUACGUUUCUAAUCUGAUGGUUAAGCAUGCAAGGUCUUCAAGCUUCCCUAGAGGAAACGAGCAAUAAAAAUUCAUCGUUUUUGCGAUAUAUUAGGAGGAAUUACUAACAUAGUAUAAGUAUGAUGAUUUGUUGCUCAUUUUGCUCUAUUACUAAAGCUAAGAGUAAGAAGACACUGCCACCUUUUGGGGCAAAAUUUUAAGUUCAAGGCCGCAGUAGAAAAGUAUCAAUAAAAACUGGCAUACGCUGGGCAUUAAACAUUAAAAAGGUUUACGUAAUUGUAACGUGUAGAAUAAUAACAUGAACCUUAGUAAGAAUAGAAUAAAUGUGCAUUUAUGGAAAGUAAGCUCAAAGGAUUCAGGCUUGGAGAUUGUCAACAUUAUUAAAGCUAAGCUAUUUCAUUUAAAACAAUCAGGUUUUACAAAAUUUAGCAUUAGAUUCUGUGGCAAAUUUCUUAUUAUACAAUUAUAACCAAAACACCGCACAAUUAAUAUGAACAUCAAAGUUUAUAAGACCUUUUUUACAGAAAACGAAUUGACAUAACUAAAUGAACAUAGUGAUAGUGGCAAAUUAAAAAAAAGAAAAGAAAAAAAUCGGAAAAUUAAUAGUAAAAAAAUACUGCUUGGGCAGCAUGUCUUAGCCUUAGUAGUGCUGGAACUUUAGUGUUACGUUCGGAGGUCGAUGAUAGUAUUCUUCCGGAGUCUCCUCAGAAGCAUAAGUAUGAGCAAUGAAAAUAGUCUUUUUUAUAUUCUUUAAGGGUUUUGGUGGACUCUUUGCCAUUAAUAAUGGUCUUAAGUACAAAGCUGAGGGUCAAAAGGCAGGAUAUUGCAUUCUAUGGAAAUUAUACAAACUUGUUAUACCGAGUGGAAACAUGUUUCAUGUCCAGAGAAGGCCCUAUAGGACUCGAAGCAUAUACGUUGUUAAAAGAAAAAAAAUUCAGUUCAGUGUAAGUUUUUCUAUGAAAAACUGGGAUUCUAUCUUUUCCACUGAAGAGACCAUUUCUGACGUUACUCAUCUAGUGGUUAUGAAAGGAAAUGAGACAUUUAAGAAUUGUUUAUUUUAGAUUACAGCAGGAGGAAUUGUAAACAUAGUAUGUGUAUUUUGUUGCUUUCGGGCGUACAGUUAUAAGUAAUUUUAAUUAAAGAAAUUAAAAAAAAAGGAUGAAAAAAGAGAAAAUACAAAAAUCAUUUAAAAUUAAAUCUAGACAGGUCUUAGUCUUAGUAGAAAUUAAGAUGGAAUUGAACACGUUUGGAGGUCUUUGGUCUUAUGCUUCCGACUUAAUUAAUUCUGGUUAUAUUGUCCGUCGACAGGUUCUAAAUUGUUCUUGUUAUUGGCUACGGAUAUGAAUUUGAUUUAGGAAAUCAUUUAUCGCCGGCUGGAGUUUCAGGAGUCUAAGAAUGC